AAUUCGACCCUUCUGAUGUGGAAAUUGUCUAUAUCACUGCAGGUUGCAUGGGAACAUGAACAAUUUUCUAGAGCAAGAGUAACUGCUUUGACGCUUUCUGAACUUCCUGUAGCCCCUGAAUUACUGGAAAGUACAGGGGGUCUGCAUGAUUCGAGGAAUUUGGUAGAUGAAACUGCUGUCUAUAGAAGCGUAAAAUUAGUUGCUGAGAGCCUUGCUAGGCAUAUUUAUGGCAAACGAAGUAGAAAUAUUCAGAUUUUUGCAGAAAACAGUAGUUUGGCAAUUAAUCCCUUCUAUAUAACAAUGUGGCUAGAUCUUUUGUCACGUACUCCUAGAGUAGCGCCCUUCCUUCCGAAGACGAGCUCUUUCAUUUCGGCUUUGAAAAAGGAAUUAUCUGAUCAUACAGUUGAUGUGUAUGGAACGCAUGAAAACAUUGAUGGCAUCUUCACUUUCUAUGAUUCAACAACAGCAACUCUUAACAUUUACCAGGUCGCAAGUGUCACUUUUGAUCUACUCUUGCUGCUGGCGCUGGGAUCCUACUUAAUUCUUCUCUUCUGUUUCCUCGUCAUCGCCACACGGGGUGUUGAUGAUCUUAUCAAUAUGUUCAGACGACCCCCAUCCAGGAAAAUGAAAGCUGCUUAAUCCUGGUUAGGAACUAUGAUGCAUUGGAUUGUAUAAUAUCCUUCGUGAAGGGGAAUAAAAAUCUGUUUUUUUUUUUUCUAAUUUUAUUUUUAU